AUGGAAGAAAACUACAAUUCUAACAACAAAUCAAAUAGGUCAAAUAUCAGUUAUCUGAUUAAUGAUCUAUAUAAACAAUUCCAUGAUUACAAGUUAAAAACCGACAAGAAGUUGGAUAAUAUCAAUAUGAGCAUUUCAAUGCAGAUGGGUUUAAUUAAUGAAAGAUUAUUGGCUUUGGAGAAUAAUGUUCAAAAUUUAUCAAGAGAUUUAAGUGAUAGAAAGGGUAAUAUCAAUGUAGCUAAUGAUAAGAUUCAGAAAAAAAUUGAAUCGAUAGGGAAACAAAUGAAAGAUUUGUCGACGGAUUUAACUAUCUUAAAUUCUAACAAUAUUAAUGAAAUGAAUUCUAUUGCGGGAGUGAAUUCUUUGACAUCUAUGGCGUCAAAUAAUUCCAUGCAUUAUAGUAAUAAUAGUUCUAAUGAUGGAUCUCAUAGAGGUUCAUUGACUAAUUCGUCACCUCAACAAAUUCAACCUCAAUUAUCAAAUCAUUUAUCUUCGGCGUCCAAUUUACAGAUUCAACCUUUAAUACCUACAAAUGUUGAAGUAGCACAAGCUCAAGUCGAAGUAGCAAAAGCUCAAGUAGCUCAAGCAGUUCAAGCUCAACAACAAGCUGAAGUUCAAGCACAAAUUCAAGUAGCUCAAGCACAUCAAAAUCUGAUGGUUUCAAUACCACUGGUUCAACAAGCUGCUGAAGUUCAAGCUCAAGUUCAAGCUGUCCAACAACAGGCUGUUGCUCAGGUACAGGCUGCUCAACAAGUAAUGCAAUAUUCUGGGUUUAAUGAAGCUAACAAUAUCCCCAGUGUUGAAUCAACUAAUUCUUCUAAUGCUUUAUCAAUAGAUAAUUUAGGAGUUAAUGGAGUUAAUGGUAAUAUUGAAGUAUCGGGGAACAUUGAAGUUUCAGGUAAUUUAUCAGUUGGUAGCUCAAAUAACAAUAAUAAUAAUAAUAGUAAUAAUAAUGGUAACAGUAAUAAUAAUGAUAAUAGUAAUAAUAGUAACAAUAAUAAUAAUAACAAUAAUAUGAAUGGAAUUGGCUCAGUCAAUGGUACUGGUUUAGAUGAUAAUGCAUUAACCGGAGAUUCUUUGAAUUCAGGAUAUACUGAUUCAAGUUUAAUUGACAUUAAUAAACAAUGGUCAAAAGCUUUAGGUAUAAGAUCACCAGAUAUUUCAUCGCCAUUUACUCCAACCAAGUUGAAUAAUUUAGAAUACCCUAUUCCAAUUAAUAGAGCCAUUUCAUUCAGUAGAACAAUGAAUGAAUUAGAUAAUUCCAAUUUCAAAUCCAACCCAAUUCCUGAUGAUUUAACUAGUGGGGUACUAACGGGAGAUGUUAUGGAUAGCAAUUUAGCAUCCACAGGUAACACAUCGACUAAUCCAAGUAAUGAUGCUUUAUUGUCACUAACAACAGAUCCCAAUUUUAAUAUCUUACAACCCAAUAAUCCCUUAACUAACGAAUUAUCCAAUGAUCAGCCUCCUUUGAAGAAAAGACGAUCAUCCAAAUCAGGAGAUUCAGAAGGAAAAUCCCCAACCUCCCAUGCAUCCAAAAAGAUUCAUGAUGCUCCUCAAUAUAAAGUUGAAAAAGGAGCUAGAAAUGUUAGUGAAAUUUGGCAAGAAUAUGAAUAUGGGAUUAAUGGUAAACCUCCAUUAAGAGCUUUAGAACAAAAAUAUAAUGCUAAAUGGAGAAAUGAAACGGAAUCUCGUACAUUUGUUAGAAGAAAAAAGAUUUAUAAUGCAAUUGAAAUAGGUAAAGAAAGAGGUUUUAAUGAAAAUGAUAUUAUAAAGGAAUUAGAAGAAUCCAGGAACUAUUUCACCAAUGGCACUGUUAAGAAGAAACCAUUAAGUUGGUUAUAUUCCAAUAUUCCUGAGAAAUAUCGUGGUUCUUGA